GAGAAAAGGAAUACACCCAGGAUGAGUAAGGAAGAAACAUGUCAGAAGGGAACACAGCUAAAGUAAGGGGCAGAGGUGGAACUCACAUCAAGUUCUCAUCCACGGAGCUUUCUUACCAGCUCUAAAAGAUCUCUGCCACUGGUUUUAGAGUUAAGACAAGGUCACACCCUGGACGUGGCCCCAGAGAUCCACAUGCCAGAACCCCUGUGCCUCAUCGAGAACACUAACGGGCAACUAGUGGCUAAUCCGAAAGCUCUGAAGAUCCUGUCUGCCAUUUCACAACCUGUUGUGGUGGUGGCUAUCGUGGGCCUCUACCGCACAGGCAAAUCCUACCUGAUGAAUAAGCUGGCUGGAAAGAAAAAGGGCUUCUCUAUUGGAUCCACAGUGCAGUCUCACACCAAGGGAAUCUGGAUGUGGUGUGUGCCUCAUCCCGAGAAGUCAAAUCACACUCUAGUUCUUCUUGACACCGAGGGACUCGGAGAUGUAGAGAAGGGUGACAAGAUGAAUGAUACCCAGAUCUUUGCACUGGCAAUACUACUGAGCAGUACCUUUGUAUAUAAUACCAUGAACAAAAUUGACCAGAGGGCUAUCGACCUACUGCACUAUGCGACAGAACUGUCAAAUCUGCUCAGGACAAUAUCCUCACCUGAUCUUGGUGGGAUUGAAGAUGCAGCUGACUUUGUGAGCUUCUGUCCAGAUUUGGUGUGGACUCUGAGAGAUUUCUACCUAGCCUUGGAAGCAGAUGGGCAACUCAUCACAACAGAUGAAUACCUGGAGAAUUCACUGAGGCAAAAGCAAGGCACCGAUCCAAGUGUCCAAAAUUUCAAUUUGCCCCGGCACUGUAUACAGAAAUUCUUUCCAACAAAGAAAUGUUUUAUUUUUGACUUGCCCACUCACCGGAAGAAGCUUGCCCAUCUUGAGACACUACGUAAUAAUGAGCUGGAUCCUGACUUUGUGCAACAAGUGGCAGAAUUCUGUUCAUACAUCUUCAAGCAUUCCAAGACUAAAACUCUUUCCGGAGGCAUUAAGGUCAAUGGACCUCGACUAGAGAGCUUGGUGCUGACCUAUGUCAGUGCCAUCAACAGUGGGGAUCUGCCCUGCAUGGAGAACUCAGUCUUGGCCUUGGCCCAGAUUAAGAACUCAGCAGCAGUGCAAAAGGCCAUGGCUCAUUAUGACCAGCAGAUGAGCCAGAAGGUGCAGCUGCCCACGGAAACCCUCCAGGAGCUGCUAGACCUGCACAGGGCCAGUGAGAAAGAAGCCAUCAAAGUCUUCAUGAAGAACUCUUUCAAGGAUGUGGACCAAAGUUUUCAGAAAAAAUUAGAGACUCUGCUAGAAGCAAAACAGGAUGAUUUUUGUAAACAGAACUUGGAGGCAUCAUCGGAUCGUUGCUCAGCUUUACUUCGGGAUAUUUUCGGUCCCCUAGAAAAAGCUGUGAAGCGGGGAGUUUAUUCAAAGCCAGGGGGGCAUCAUCUCUUCAUUAAGAAGACAGAAGAGCUGAAGGCAAUGUACUAUCGGGAGCCCGGGAAAGGAAUUCAGGCUGAGGAAGCUCUGCAGAAAUAUUUACAAUCCAAGGAGACUGUGAGUGAUACCAUCCUAGAGACAGACCUGGCUCUCACAAUGAAGGAAAUAGAGAUGGAAGUGGCAUUUGCGAAGGCAGAGGCUGCAAAGGCUCAAGCACAGAGGUUGGAGGCAAUUCAAAGGAGGAACCAACGAAUGAUGGAAGAGAGGGAGAGACUCCAUCAGGAACAAGUGAGACAAAUGGAGAUGAACAGAGCAUACCAGCUGGCAGAGUAUCGGAGGGCCCAGGAACGUCGGCUCCAGGAAGAGGCUGAAAAGCUCACGCAGAAAUACCAAGCUGAAAGCAGAAGACUUCACAGUGAGGUCCAGCAUCUCCAGAGGAAUGUUACCCCACCAGAUGAUGACAUAUGUAUCUUACUCUAAAGAGCUAAACAUCAGAACUUCCUUUUCUUGUUCACUUUCACUGAAGACAAAAAGGAACAAGAAACUAUAGAACUUGGGACAAUCACCAUUUAAAUAAAGUUCAUAAUAAUUAUAUUGAACUUUUGUACUGAGUUAUAAAGUCAUGAUGUUCAUAAUUGAUAAAUGUGCAUUUCAAUAGUUCAAUAGCUUAAAUGAUGAUCACUUCCUUAAAGGGAUUAUGAACUGUAUAAGAAGGGAUAUUUUAACACUGCCUCUAUUUGGGAGUGAUAAUGGGCUGGUUCUAUCAGGAGAAACUUUCUCUUGUACCCCAAUGCCACCCCUCUAAUUUUUCAUAUUUGUCUCAGGGGGGAUUUGAAGUGACCUAGGGGGCAUUAUGGGCUAAGUCAAGUGGAACUUGACCAAAGUCUUGAACUCAGGUGGGCAUCACUCCUGUCAAGUAGUCAUGUGCUGGAUGCCAUCAGAAGGAGGCACUGAUGGUAAAGACAACUAACCUAGUUUCUUAGUGAGGAUAAUGGAUGGUUCUCAACUGGGCGGAGGCUGCUCAGUGUAUGGGCAGUGAUGUGAUUCCUGGUCAUGGUCAGUAGACAC